AUGGCCCGGCCGCCGGCCAAGCUGGGCAUCUUCGGUGUGACUGCGCUGAACGCGGCGGGCUGGCAGUUUCUCUCCUCGGGAGAUGCGCACACCCAGGAGACUGCCAACCUAGCGCGGGCUUUCGGCAACCUCCACGCGCGGAGCAGCAUGUUGAUGCUGAGAGCAUCCCAGGAGUCUCAAGACCGAGCCAGUGAGCUUCUGCCCCAGGAACCUGCCAAUCUGUCAUGGACUUCCGGAAAGCUUUACGCGGAGGAGGGCUCUUUGCUUGCGGCCACCCGUUCGGCUUCCUUGGAGAAGGCAUCGCAGUCCGGGCCACAGAAUCCGAGCAACACAGCUCGAGGGCUUGCGACCAGCGCCGUCUUGGGCCGGCUUUUGACGCAGAUGAUUUCCCAGCAGGGCGCUUCUGUCCUUGACCAGCUGGAUGCCCAAGAUGCCUCGAACUUGGCCCGGGCUCCCGGAACUCUGGACUUGAGCGAGCUUUCUUCGACCGGUGGUCUGCCGGAAGCCUGCUGCUCCCGUGUCCUGACCGAGCCCAGCACCCAGAACGCGGCGAACGCGCUGCGGGGCCCCGGAACCAUGGGCCGGCGCUCAGCUUCUCCGAUGAGGUUGGAACAUGUGGGAAGCUUGUGCCAUCUGAAGUAUUUGAGCUGCAUCGGCUGGGACCCUUUCCUUUUGAGAGGAACCACGCUCCACUUCGGCACCCAGCUGAUGGAUGCCGUCAUGUCCUCUUUCCUGCACGACAAGUACAGUCAUGACGAGCAGGGAUUGGCGAAUAUUGCCUGGGAGCUUGCUCAGCUGGCAAUGCGGUGCGAGGCCUUAUUCGAGGGAGCUGCUCAGGCUUGCGUGUCACGCAUUCAAGGCUUCGAUGGGCAGCAGCCGGCCAACACCGCUUGGGGGCUUGCGCAUGUCCUGGUGCUCCAAGCCGCGCUGCGCGACGCCGCGUGCCAGCAACUUUCGGGACUUCUCGGCUCUUCGGAUCUCACUGCCCAGAGCUGCGCUGACUUGCACUGGGCCCUUGGCGUCUUGCAGGCAGACGACAAUCUGCGGGAGUCCCUGCGCAGCCACGGGCGGCCAGCGCUGGAAGACCUCGCCUCCUCUCUAAGAGAUGUGGGCCUCAGCGCGGCCUCUACAGCACAGUACCAGCAAACGGCCUUCAAGCACCAGGUGUUGAACAUGAGAGCCUUCACAGGGGAGCGCCCGCGACCUUUGCAUACAGGUUCAAGGAGCUCCUCUCCAUCUUCGGCAUCCCAAGGGCUUCCCAGGCCUUCGGCCUGCGAGCCCGGCGGGCGCUGGAGGGCCGCUUCGGGAGUCUCGAGCCUUGGAGAGUCUUCGCCUACCUGGAGUACGCCGCAGCCCCGGAGGGUGUCGCUGACCCACUGCGCGAGCGGAGCGGGCAGAUCCUCUACGAGUCGGGUUUGCAAGGAGACCGUCGCGUGCCCGCGUCGCAACUCCAUGCGGUGCGGCUCCCACACAGCGGACGAGUGA